AUGCAGCGACCUGAAAUUCGCUCACGACAAGGUUGCCUGACUUGCAGGAAGCGUCAUAGAAAAUGCGAUGAGAAGCGGCCUGUCUGCACACUCUGCCAAAAGUCAGGCCGCACUUGCGACUACACAAACGAAUUCCGUUGGGCGCCCGUUGGCGAUGUGUUUGUUGUUCCUGAUGUUUCGUUCAACGCAGGUACCAAAAGGGUUAUUCCAGACGAGAGGCAAAGACCGGCCCAGAAUAGGGGUCGACAACAGCGUAAGCGUGGCCGAUGGCAAGAUGCACAUCAAAGCGAUAACAGCGGCCAGGUCUUGAACAAAUGCCAAAACGAGGCCCAGACUCUCGAUCAAGGUCAAAGCUCAAACUUGGGCACGGCGUCUUACGAUAACGACAACCAGUUACGUUCGGGAUAG